AAAAUAAUUUUUAGUUUUUAGUGUGUGUCAAGAGUGGUAGGGUUUUAAUUUUUAUUUGUAUGGUGAUGGAAUAUUAUUUUUGUGAAAUAACUUUGGAUCUUAACGUUCUUUACACCAGUUUCUACUUGCUAGAAUCAGUGGUUCUUUAUUGAUGUUGGCCCUUCAGAUGUCAGAAAGUUAAUAACUGAAUAUCUCCCUAUUCAUCCUUAACCUUUAUGUUUUACAGUUUGCAUUAAAAUGUGUUCAUUGCAAUUUUGCUGGUAGUUAUUUUUCACUGCUGUGUCUUGAUAUAAGCUCAGAUAAAUCAAUUCAUGUGAAUUUGUUAAAGUUCAGCCUAACAGAAAUGUUUGUGAUAUGCUGAAAAAGUGAAAGAUUUAAUAACUGAUUUAGUUUUGAAAAUCAAUCUAGAACUAUUCUUCAUUAACAGAUCAAAAAGAAGGAAAAGUCAGUUUCUGUUAAUAGAGCUACAAGCCUAGAAGUCGUCCCGUUUCCUUUAGGACGAAAGAUAUAGCCAGGCUGUUAAAAAUAUGGAAUUUGACCGACAACUUGGGCCUUACAAUCUUAGCCACUUUGAAGAUUGGAAGCGAUUAUCUAAUUUCAUUACAAAGAGCAUCAUCGAGCGGCUUGAGCCCAUCGGAGGAGAAAUCAGUGUUGAAUGUGAAAAUGAUAUGUUUAGAAACACUCCUAAAACAUCAAUGGAGGAAGCACUAGACAAGCAGCUGAAGGUUGGUAGUUCUGCAAAAUCUGGAGGCAAGUUUCAGAGAAAAGGAUGUUAUUAUACCUCCAUUCCACGUGUUGUAAAAUGCAAGGGGAUGAGUGGACAGGAACUUACCUCUUUGAAUCUUGACAAGACACAAUUGCUAGAGACUCUACUGGCAAAAGAUUAUGGAGGUUCUGAAGACUUGCUCCUUGGAGAACUGCAGUUUGCGUUUGUUGCCUUUUUGAUGGGUCAGUCGCUAGAAGCAUUCCUCCAGUGGAAAUCCUUGGUUAGCCUUCUGUUUGGCUGCACUGAAGCACCUUUCAACACACGAACUCGGCUAUUCACCAAGUUCAUUAAAGUCAUCUAUUAUCAACUAAAAUACGGACUACAGAAAGAUCGCACGGAUGAUACAAGACCACCGUUGUUAGAUGAUUCUUGGCUUUCUACUGAUAGCUUUUUGCACUAUCUUUGCAAGGACUUCUUUUCAUUGGUGCUAGAUGGGUCAGUUGUUGAUGGAGAUCUUUUAAAAUGGACAAGGAAAUUUAAGGAGCUGUUAGAGAACAACCUAGGGUGGGAGUUUCCAAAGAACAGUGCUGUUGAUGGUUUGUAUUUUGAGGAGAAUGAUGAGUUUGCUCCUGUAGUUGAGAUGUUAGAUGAUGAAGCUUAUGCAAUUUAGAAAUGUGGAUCAUAUAAUCUCUUGGCUAUUAAAAGGGUGUUUCUGAGGAAUCAAAUCUUGAGCAUCAUGCCACUUUGCAACUUAGACACAAACCAUUCACUCACAUUGUACAAUACAACAUAUGUAAAUCCAUGUUAGCAAAAUGUAGAAAGUACUUCAAAAAAUAUUCAUGCCUAUUUCAAUGUCCAAAAAAAGACCAAUUUUGUAGUGGAUGGGUUGGCCCCGCAUGAUUUUGCCAAAAAUGGCUUAUUUUCUUCUUUCACCCAAUGUCAAGUUUUACCAAAUAUAAUAUAGAUAAUUUUCACAUUGAA